UGUCUGCAGUUUCUCUCCCUGUUGCUCUUUCUUGCCCUAACUCUGCUACCCACACUUUCCUGGCUCCAAACCACCAACUUCUUAGUCCGUAGAGAACAAACAACCACCGACCCGUCACCGGAAUUAUGUUCCGCCUCGCAAAGCCGAACCCUUUUCUCUCUGGGCACCACCUCAUACAGCGCUGCUCCGUCAGCGGCACAGCGAAGGGCAAGGCGAAGAUCAAAGCGGGCCAAGCCCUGAAACGCUCCCGAAUCACCACCAAGAAAUCGGGAUCAUCCCAAAUCGCAGCCCCACCAAUGUCGCGCGAGCGCCAAGAGCGUGAGAAUCUAUACGAGCGGUGCCUCCAGGCCCCCACCCCGCUCCGCUACCUCACCCCGCGGCAGCGCGAGCGCGAAGCGGAGCGCGAGAAGAUGGGGCUCAUCAGCAAGGAACGGAAGCGAGAAAUCGACAUGAUGAGAAGCAAAGACAACAAAUUUAAGGUUUCAGACAAACCCACGAUAAUCGGGACACCUGGGUUGGACUAUGUCUCUCUGGGGUUGGUGGAUGUGGAGAAGUUGCCCACGUAUGAGCUAACGGUUGAAGAUGGGAGGAGGUUGGCGAAGGACUAUAGUAGGGUUUUGAUGAGGAAGCAUAGGGCUAGACAGGCUGCGGAAUCGAAUCUUUUGAGAAUGAAAAAGGAGGCAAUUGAGGCUUUGCCUGAAGGGUUGAGAGAAGCUGCUUUGGUUCCUGAUUUGAGUCCUUUUCCUGUUAAUAGGUUUAUGGCUACUCUCACUCCUCCUAUUGAGGGUUACAUUGAGCAGAUUAGGGAAGCUGCUAAUAAGAUCAGUGGAACGGAGAAGAUUAGGUGACUCUGUAUUGGAAUGGAAUUGGUUUUGUUUGUGAAUUUUGUCCACUGUUUGGUGGAAUGGAUUGGAAUAGCAAAUAAUGUUGGUUGUUUUUGGACUGAUUAAAUAGGAUGUAAUGUGAUGAGAAUGAAAUAUAUUUAGUCUGAUGUUUUCCA